AUGCAUCGAACACCAAGCCAGGCUACUUUAGAUUCAUUGGAUACAGCCCGAUACUCUGAGGACGGGGGAGGCGACCGUGCAGGAAGUGGCGGCGAUGUAGCUGUGCUUGAAUUUGAAUUACGGAAAGCCAGAGAAACGAUUAAUGCCUUACGCGCUAAUCUCACGCAAUUUGCUGACAGUGAGUCUGCUUUGGAUAAAAACACAAAGAACAAUUUUGAUCAAAGGUCGCUGAAGCCGCAUGAGAAGCGCGCAUUAAAUUUCCUCAUCAAUGAAUACCUUUUACUUCAAAAUUACAAACUUACUUCCAUCACAUUCUCCGAUGAAAAUCCUGACCAGGAGUUUGAAGAUUGGGACGAUGUGGGCCUUAAUAUGCCCCGUCCGGCGGGGCUCGUAUCACUGUUUAGGGGGAAUAAAGGAGCACUCAACGUAUCCACCACAGAUGCAUUCACACAAAUCGAAUUUAUAAACGUGACUGAUAUGGUUUGCCAGACUGAUGCUGAGUAUGACAAUGUGUGUGUUAGUUGCCAGACUUCACUUGACAACGACUCAGAUUGGAACCACGAGUUGCUGAUUCAAGCUGAGGAAAUAGAGCUGUUGAAGCAGAAAGUGAUAGCUCUGGAGACGGAGAAGUUGAACUUCCAAAAGCUGUACGACGCGGCGAUAGUGAGCCUGAACUCCCUCACCAGCCCAACGUCCGAAAGCAGAGCACUCGACCUGCAAAUACAGAGGGACAAGUCGCCCCCGGCGCAUGAAACGCCGCAACACCUGCAAACCAGGCCCAUCACUUGCACGGCGGCAGAGAAUCAUUACGGAAGCGGCCAGUCUACCAACAGCGCUACUCCGGACCAGUUUGAAAUCAUCGAAAGCGAGAAAAACCUCGGAAUAAAGAAGGAAGGGUCCAACACCAGCUCCUUCGACCCCGCAAUUCUCGGCGACAACAGCGCCCGGGGCUCCCCCCUGCGGCGUGGCAGCGUUACCACUUUGGACGAGACGCUCAGUAUGAACGACGCCGGCGACUGGACUCGCGUGCAGUACGAAUACAACACGAUAGAAAAUAGCACCAAGGAAAUGUGGAUUGACAGUGGCAUACCAGACGCGGUGAAGGAGCCAUUAUUGAACUGGUGUUCAGAGACGCUGAACCUUAACGAGCCACUAACGAACGACCUACUGGCGGAGUUGGUGAACAGCGACAAACCGAUCACUUUGCCCGGCUUGCUGCUACUAGUAGCCGACACGCUUCCCCGGGUGGUGCCACACACGCUGGUGUCGCGGCGCGGGGAGGUGGCGGCGUUGCUAGCAGCCGGCGCUGCACUGCUGCCCGCCGCGGCGGACGCGCGCCGCGCCCGCCUCCUGCACACGCUGCUCACAUUGCUCAAGAAGCCCGAGCCGGCGGACGCGCGUAUCAUUUGCGACGCCGUGUGCCUGGUGGUGAAGUGGGGCGGCGCCGCCGAGGUGCUCUCCGCCGUGGCGGAGCUGCUCGCGUCCCGCUCUUCGGAGCGGCGGGCGCUGGCGAGCCAGAUCUGCGUGGCGGUCGCGCCCUACGUGCCCGUCGAGCUGUGCACGUCGCUGCUGCUCAGCCUGGCGAUGCUCAUGUGCGACUCCGGGGAGGGAGAGGUUCGCGCGCUGGGUCUCCGCGCCGCCGCCCUGGUCUGCGCUGUGGCCGACCACAAGUACGAGCAGCUGGAGAAGGUGACCUUCGCCUUCCUGACGGACCCGGUCGAGAGGAACGUCAAGGACACGGUCGCCGUGCUCGUGCCGGUGUUGGCGAGGAGCGCGCUCCUGUCCGGUAAAUUUGUAUCGGAUCUAUGCGGUCGCGUCAUGACAAAUCUGGUGAAGUCGAGCACAGACAACGAAUGGAAAAGCGUAUUAUUAAAUUUAGAAGUUAUUAUGACAUUAGUUUUAGCGAAACUCGCUUACGUGAUCAAUGUACAAAUAGUUAGAGAUGUUACCCUAAAUAACUGUGAUAUGAAGACAAUUAAUUUGGAAGACGUACCUUUGGAACGAAAACAGGAAUGCUUUUUGGACGUCCAGUGUUAUAUGAGCGAUAGUGUUGACGCUAGGAUGUUGUUGGUGGCUAUGAAUAGCUUAAUUAAGGACAACCCCGAGGUUAGAUGGGCUGAGCUUACUUGGUUUAUAGAUUGGAUGAGAAAAGUACUCGAAACGGCGUGCGGCUGUAAAGUUGCCAACUACCCGACAGUUUACGAGAAUCUCAUUACACUAUUCGGCGCGUACGUGAAGAGUUUCGGGUUCGAAUUCACUGCGAAGGUGAUGAGGCCAGUUUUCGCCGAGAUGAUGGGCCAACUGGAGCGGAGAAUGGAGAAGCUGGACGCUGUCAGUUUGGAAAAUACAGUCGUGGUCGGCGUGUAUUUGUGCACGGUGCUGGUCGCGGUUGAAGAGGGCACUGCGCGCGCUGAGUUCUUGCAGAAGUGGAUAGUAUAUAGCAGCAUAAGAGGACUUCCAGCGAAAAUAUUCUCCAUGCCCCUUAAGUGGCUAGCAAUACAUAAGCCGGAUGUGCUUAAUUUCUUCUGGCAGCACCUUAGAGAAUUCGCGGCGAGCAGCUGCGACAGCUCCAGCGGCAACACGAUACGCGCAUACAUUGCUGACCUCCUCACUGAAAUGCUGAACGUUGCCGACGUGAACGAGGAGUGCAUCGAAAAGCAACUGCUGCCCGCCGCGGUGGCCCUGCUCUACGACGACGACGUGUCGGUCCGCGAGGCGGGUAUCGCGUCGUGGGGCGGCGUGACGCGGGCGUGCGUGCUCCGCCGGCUGGGCUGCUCGGCGCAGUGCUGGCCGCCGCUCGAGGAACGCCUCUCCGCUGCGCAGCCCCUCACCGCCCGGGAGGCGGCCCGCCUCGCGGAGGCCCUGGCGCUGCUAGUGCUGCCCACCGUCGACAGCCACGCCGUCUUCGAUCACGCGGUAACGUUGCUGUGUGCGCUAUGCCAUCACAACGCCGUCUCUAGCGAAUGGAUGGCUGCGCUCACUCCCGGCCUGCAGCUGGCGGUACAUCACUACCGACACCAUCCCGCAUUACUGCCUGCCCUAAGGAAACUGGAGGAGAGGGUGCAGGCGCCAGCGCUGUCGCAAUACCGGCCCGCUAUAGAGGCGCUGCUCGGCGCGGCGGGGUCGGGCCCGAGCGAGCCACUUCGCGAGCCCAAGCCCCCCACCAACCUGCAGGCGGCGCAGGAGGUGGGCAGGCGCGUCACGCAAAUGUUCCAGCACUCGAAGACCAACAUCAACCUGCAGAGCAUCUUCAAGAAGAAGACG